AUGGCCUCCCCACAAACCCAGAUCUACGCAGAAGCAGAGCCAGCGAUCGCCAUCGACUACGCCACCCUCCUCCGCCUCGCCCGCUGUCCGGCCUGCGAGAACAGCUGGACGACCUACAAAGCCCCCCGCUCGAAGCUCGACCACAUCCAGCGAUGCGCCCGCGCCCAGCUCAUCCCCGCCCGCCACAUCCCCGCCCGCAUCCAGCUCAUCCUCCACCACCAGGCCCUCGACGCCGGCCCCAUCCACAGACACGCCGCCGCCCAGAACCUCGCCCCCGUCCCCAUCUCUCCACCAACGACAUCCAUCGCGCCUACUCGCUCUGGGCCCUCGCCAGCGGCGACGACGCCUUCCCGUACAGCCGGUCAGUCCUCAAGAAGCCCGCCCGAUAGCCCCCUCCGUGCGCCGUCCAAGGGGAAGGCCAAGCGCGACGCGCUUUCCUCGUCAGAGGAGGAGGACGACGACUCCCGCUCGGGCUCUAGCUCGUCUGGCCAACAGGCCAGCGUGAUGCCAUCCUACGAGCGCUGGACCCGCGCCCAGCUCGAGAACGAGAGCGAGCGGCUCGGGUACCCCGACGGCCCCCGGCUGGCCACCGCCGCGCUGGUCGCCCGGGCCCAGGCCGCAUGGGCCCGCCAACAGCCCGCCUCUCCUUCCCGCUCCGACGCCGAGCCAGACGCCGGCUCGUCCGGGUCCGCUGACGACGACCGCCCCGGGUCCCGCGCCGAUCCGCAGGAGGAGACGCGCGAGGACAGCCUCGAGUGGGAGCUCAACCUGCUCAACCCGGCCGACCAUGCGCUGUUCGCGGCCUCGGACGCGGACGAUGGGCCGGCCGUCCGGCCGUGCUUCGAGAGCUUCUCGCGCGCCCAGCUGGAGCGCGAGCACGCCGCGCUGGCGCAUCGGAUCCGCGCGCGCCCGGCCGACGCCGCCGAGCCCGCGCGGGUGCCCGCGGCGCGUGCGGCCCUCGACUCGAUGCCCAAGACCAAGCCCGCCCUCGCCAGGAAGGUCCUCCGCCUCUGGGACGCCCUCCAUCCCCUCCCCGCCGACCCCCCCGCAGCCGUCAGAAUCGUCUCCGUCAAGCUCGACCUCGCUGGGCUCAGCCGCGUCAUGGCCUGCCUGCUCGCCAUCGACCCGGCCCUGUACCUGCGCAUCCUGCGCUUCGAGCCCAUCCAGUUGGCGGUGCUCGAAGACAAGGUCCGCGCCGUCUUGGACCAGGAGUUCGAGGCGACGUUCGCCCACCAUCUGCGCCAACGCGAGGACGCCGGCCGGGCGGAGGGUCUCUCGAGUGCCGGCUCCUCCGACGACGACAGCGGCGAGGACGCGCUGGACGAAGCGCCCGCGAAAAGGCCCGCGCCCAAGGCCCCCAGACCCCGCCGCUCCCCGCCCGCCCUCUCCAAGCAUGUCCUCCAUGCUGACACCCUCGCCCGCUGGCUCGACCUCCAGGCCAUCUCUUACUUCCUGCUCGACCCCGCUGUCCCGCGCAAGCCGAGGUACUAG